AUGUCUUUAUAUGAGUAUUCUAAGCUAGUCGACGACGACAUUCGACUUCUCACAUUGCUGCCUGGCCAACCUGAGUCUGACCUCAAAGUCAUAAUUCAUCAUGCGCCACUCAGAGCCACGAGGGAGAAGUCUCAUCAUCGCAUGCCCUUAGAUGACCUGCAGAAAGGCUUGCCAUUCAGUUGGGUAGCGGAAGAAACCGCUGACGAUCGAUGCCUCUUAUGGAACGAAAAGUUGCAAACCUCUUCGUGGGCUCACCCUGAUGGCAGUGUUACUCGAUCCCUGCACGGCUCUCAUGCAGACGAUGUAACAUCUUCCCCGCUAUAUGAAGCUCUAUCAUACACUUGGGGCAGUGCGGAUAAGCCCCAAACUGUCCAGGUUCUAUCCCAAGGUGACCUAUGUGAAAUCAGGACUCUCUGUAUUAGGGGAAAUCUUGCCAGCGCCCUCAAUCAUCUACGAUAUCCUGGUAAGGCCCGGACACUGUGGGCUGACGCAAUUUGCAUAAACCAAAACGACAUUCCUGAAAAGAAUAUUCAGGUUCCUCGUAUGGCCGAUAUCUUCCGCUCGGCAGUCCGUGUCGUGAUCUGGUUGGGGCUAGAAUCGGACAAUAGCACGAUUGCGUUAUCGACGCUAGACUAUUUGGCCGCACAGGUCGAGAUUACCAAGGCAAGCUGGGUUCGACCUUCGCCUGGAUGCGUCCACCAAGACUGGUUUCAUUCGCUCACUGAUAUGCCAUAUGACGAGAGCACUUGGCAGGCUAUUGCAGACUUGGCCAACCGUCCAUAUUUCAGUCGACUAUGGGUUGUGCAAGAGAUCCAUCUCUCCAACCACAAUGCAGUCGUGCAAUGCGGACUAUUUCAGAUGACAUGGCAACGAUUCCGCAGGGCAAUUGUCUGCCUCAUCUGGAAGAGACAUGUCCCUCGCUGUAUUUCUUCAAGCAAGCUCCCAAUGCUUGGCACAUUCUGCUAUAACUUUGAAGGCUUAAACUUCGCCACCUUGCUCCAGAUGGUCACACAUCUAGAGUGCUUCGACCCUCAUGAUAAGGUAUAUGGGCUCCUUGGACUCGCUGCAUCUAGCCUGCUGCCUCACAUUCGGCCUGAGUAUGCUCUGCCCGUGGCAAAGGUCUAUCGAAGUCUGUUUCUAGGCUUGAUGGACCAAUUGAAGCGGCUACAUUUCGAGUUCUGUAGCUUGCGAACAAGUCGGCCUAGACAACUUCCUUCGUGGGUUCCCGAUUUUUCUAGCAACCUGGGCGAGUUGUUAUCCCGAGCGGCGGGGUUGGUAUCUGGGAUGUCUCGUGCCGAGGCAACUUAUCGUGCCCCUGACGUUCUUGAAGUGUGUGGCAUUCAGAUAGCCACGGUGCAAAGCAACAAAGGGACGUGCCCAGCUGACAUAACUAAGCGACUGACAGCACUUCAAACUUGGAAGCCAGAUAACUUGAUGACAGGGAUAUACCCUACAGGGGAGAGCAUUUUGGACGCGUUUAUCACCACUCUCGUCCAGGGUAAACUUAGGGAUCGGUUCCCCGCUAUAAUCACUUGGUCCUCCCUUCAGGAACUUAAAAGUAAACUGAAGGAACUUCUGGCGAGCUCUAUGGAUCUGUCUCACGAUAAUAUCGAUGUUUCCAGUUAUGCCCAUGAACUUCGGUUUCUUUCCAAACAGGCCUUUAUUAUUUGCAAAACAGGGUAUUUUGGUGUUGGUCAUAAGGACACAAAACCUGGUGAUAUUAUAUGUGCCUUUCUUGGUUGCAAAGUAUUAGUUAUUCUUCGUCCGUGGACAGGCGGGUGUGUUCAAGUUGUUGGUAGUUGCUAUCUUCAUGGGUUCACUAGCGUGGAGGCCUUCCUUGGCCCUCUCCCAGCCCCAUGGGUUAUGCAGUAUAAGCCUGACUCCUGCGGAGUCCAAACCCCCUAUUUCUUUAACAAAGACACGAAGGAAGCGGUCCAGCAAGAUCCUAGGUUAGGCGAGCUACCCGUAGGGUGGGAAGCCAUUCAAAAAGAUAGGACAAAGCAUGACCCCCAAUUCUUUUCGUUGUUCCGAAACAACUUGACUGGAGAGAUUAUGAACUCCGAUCCUCGUAUGCUUCCAGAAGCUUUGCGUGAUCGAGGGGUUAGAUUACAGUUAUUUAAAUUAGUCUGA